ACGUGGCUUGUGCCAUACACCCACUCAACCCCCACCCCCUUCCCCCUCGGGCUCCACGGUACCGCAUUGGCAUCAGUGAAGGCACCUGAGCACCACCUUCCAUCUUGCAUGAAAAGGAUAUCAUAAGGCCCACACGACGAGCAUCAGAGCUCGAGGAGGAGGAGGAGGAGAAAGGGAGCAAGAUGCAGAAGCGGAGCAGCGACGUCUGAAGGUGAAAUGAACCUGAGGAGACGCACACUGAGAAAAAAGUGGAGAUAGCAACUAAAAAAACCGUCAGUGUCUUCAUUCCGAUAUUCUGCUUUUUUUCCUCGUCUCUUACGUCAAGCGUGGAUGCAAAGCUCACACCCAAAGUAGCCUGUCUUUUUUUGGCCACCGGCGGGAGGGGAGAAGCAGAAAUUUAGUUGCAAGACCGCGCGCAAACAUGGCGACCUUAAUUAGGAGCAAGCUGUCGAAUAAACUGUCGAACGCGGCCACGACCGUCACCAACAAAUCGCAGGCGAAAGUCAGCGGCAUGUUCGCCAGGAUGGGCUUCCAGGCCGCGACCGACGAGGAGGCGCUGGGCUUCGCCGCCUGCGACGAUCUGGACUACGACCACCGGCAGGGCAUGCAGAUGGACAUCUUGACGACCGACGACAAGCCCGGGGAGGGCGUCGGGGACGGGGACGGGUUGGAAGGGGACAGCCACUACCAGAGGGACGGCACCGGGCCGUCGCGAUCGGCAUCCAAGGACGGAGGUCCGACCGACGAGCUGGCGGAGGUCAGACCCAAGAUCACGGCUUGGGAGGCGGGAUGGAACGUCACCAACGCUAUCCAGGGGAUGUUCGUGCUCGGGCUGCCCUACGCCAUCCUCCACGGGGGCUACCUCGGACUCUUUCUCAUCAUUUUCGCCGCUGUGGUGUGCUGCUACACGGGCAAAAUCCUCAUCUCCUGUCUGUACGAGGAGGAUGAGGACGGACGACUGGUCCGCGUCCGGGACUCCUACGUGGACAUUGCCAACGCCUGUUGCGCACCCCGGUUCCCCACGCUGGGGGGCCACAUCGUGAAUGUAGCCCAGAUCAUCGAGCUGGUGAUGACGUGCAUCCUGUACGUGGUGGUGAGCGGCAACCUGAUGUACAACAGCUUCCCCAACAUGCCCAUCUCGCAAAAGUCGUGGGCCAUCAUCGCCACCGCGGCCCUGCUGCCCUGCGCCUUCCUCAAGAACCUCAAGGCCGUGUCCAAGUUCAGCUUGCUGUGCACCCUGGCCCACUUCGUCAUCAACAUCCUGGUGAUCGCCUACUGCCUGUCCAGGGCUCGGGUGUGGGCCUGGGACAAGGUCAAGUUCUACAUCGACGUCAAGAAGUUCCCCAUCUCUAUCGGCAUCAUCGUCUUCAGCUACACGUCGCAGAUCUUCCUGCCGUCGUUGGAGGGCAACAUGCAGAAGCCCAGCGAGUUCCACUGCAUGAUGAAUUGGACGCACAUCGCCGCCUGCAUCCUCAAGGGCCUCUUCGCCCUGGUGGCCUACCUGACGUGGGCCGACGCCACCAAGGAGGUCAUCACGGACAACCUGCCGCCCGGCAUCCGCGCUGUGGUCAACAUCUUCCUGGUGGCCAAAGCCUUGCUCUCCUACCCGCUGCCCUUCUUCGCCGCCGUGGAGGUCCUGGAGAAGAGCUUCUUCCAGGAGGGGAACCGCGCCUUCUUCCCGGACUGCUACGGCGGCGACGGACGCUUGAAGUCCUGGGGGCUGACGCUGCGCUGCAGCCUGGUGGUUUUCACGCUGCUCAUGGCCAUCUACGUGCCGCACUUCGCCCUGCUUAUGGGUCUGACGGGCAGCCUGACGGGGGCGGGUCUGUGCUUCCUGCUGCCCAGCCUUUUUCACCUCAAGCUGCUGUGGAGGAAGCUGCAGUGGCACCAGGUCUUCUUCGACGUGGCCAUCUUCGUCAUAGGCGGUAUAUGCAGCAUUUCCGGCUUUAUCCAUUCCACCGAGGGGCUCAUAGAGGCUUUCAGAUACAACAUAGAGGAAUAAGGAGCGAUCCGCGCACGCGCGCGCACACACACACACACACACACACACACACACCUAAAGCCAAACAUCUGCUGGCCCUCUUCUGGCUUCUUUAGUUCAUGCGUAAAACUGCGCGCAUGCUCGCAACCAUACACGUGCAGCUUUAGGGAAACCACGCGCACCCGCGAGGUCACCAUGAGUGUGCCCUUAUAACAUAGGGAUUUAAAGUGUGUGCGUGCGUGAGUGAGUGAGAGAAAGUGUGUGUGUGUGUGUGUGUGUAAGAGAGAGAGAGAGAGAGGCCUUGCAUCAACAUGUCAAAAUAUUCAAACACAGGAUUAAAAUACUCACGAAUCCGAUUGGACGUUAAGUGCAAAACAAUAUUGUCACUUUACCUUAAUCUGUUUGACUUUCAUUAUUAUUUAAAAUGUAUGAUAAAAAUAAUUUCUGUAAGGAAACAUGCAAUAAAUCAACCGGUCAGCGAACAUGUAAAACAAAACAGCAGUAUAGAAACAUCAUUGGAUGCAUUUUAAUUCAUUAUAAAUUAAAAACAAAUGAAAGAUUUCCGUAGGAAAUUGGACCUAAGCAUCUUUUCAAACUAUGCAUUGAAUGUAUGAUAUUUCUCGCACACACAAACAAAAGAAAAAAAACUCGAUAGUCAAUAUUUGAAAACUAUAUAUAUCCAUUAUUAUUAGUGGUAGAUUGGAUUCUUUUUUUUUAGUAUUUUUAAAAAUGAUUCGAUUGGCAGAUGAAAUGAAAUACCGAAAUACCGACUGCAACAUUUCGUCAUCACAUUCCAAACACAUGGCCUGUUCUCAACAUGAAUUUGAUAUACAACUUCUGUCUUGAAAUUCGGUGUAUGGGGAGGGGGGAGAAAAGGAGAGAGCGAGAGGGGAGGGGGACGUGCAUACAGACAUUUUUCAUUCUGUGCAAUCAAAAUGGGUCCUGUGGAAAUGUUAUUUAAAAAAAACAAUACGUGUAGUGUGUUUAUUGUGGUUUCAAAACAGAUGGAAUGUAUAUCUCAAAGUCGUUAUCAUAUAUCGUGGAAAAUUAAUAUUAAAGAAUAAAGAUUAAGUGAAAUUAUAUUGUAAAACUAAAAUGUGUGUGGUCUUAUGUAACACUAAAACGGUCAGAAGAUGUAUUUUUUCCCUCCACCUCCUCGGUAAUAAAGGACGGAAAAUGAUGCACUCAUGUAUUUAUUUUUAGGUGGCUUCUUAGUUUUUUUGUGCAGGUUUUAAUGGUGGGAAAGUCAAAUACAAAUAUAAAAUGUGCAGUGCAUGCGGAAAUUCAAUUCGUGCGCUCAAAUUAAGAAGCAGAUUUUGUGCUCCAAGCAUGAGCCAGCUUCCUUCUGCUGUUACCUGUUCAUCCAAAGCAACAUCUGGAAAGCCUGCACGCUUCUUCCAGCAGGGUGCACACACAUACGUUUACCUUGAAAUGGCUGCAAAAUAAACAUAAGUUUUCUUACCUGUUGAAGUUAAUACUUGUGUAGUAUAAUAAAUAACCUGUAAUACAAAUAUAAAGUCGCACUUUAAUGUCAGUAAGGGAAAUAUGCUACUAAUAUUUAUAUACAUUUCAUUUAAGAGGUACACAAACACGUACAGGUUGAGACUUAAACCUCCAACAAAACGCUGGUAUACAAAUGCAGGCGCUCAUUGAGUGACAGAGGGGACGGCCAAUCACACAUUAGCAUGUAAAAAGGGCCGAAUCAAUCGAUAGGCUUGUGGGCGGUCCAAAGGCAAUCAGGCUUCAACUUCACUCGUCUCCCUUAAA